AUGUAUAGCACUGAAACUCCUCCUCAGAUGACUCCCGAGAGCCCACCUGAAUCAUUUACUGCCGAUGGUGACAUAGCAAACAAUGAGACAGUCUCGAUGCUGGCUCUUCACGCGAGCGCACAUACCCCAGCGCCGUCCGCGCUGGGAAUGCCGUCCAUUUCAAGCGCGGGCGUUGACACACCGUCAUCUGGGAGCCUCGACUUGCUGUUGGAUGCUCCCGACAUCGGGCCGCAACAGACCUCCGAUCGUAUGUCAGAGACGGUGUAUGUUCCCUUAUCCGCCACACACACAUCGUCGGAGACAGAGUUCUCCGUCCCUCAACUCGUGGAUAUUGGUCUCGAGAACCCAGACGAGACUGCGGCCGACUUAAUCGCCCCUGCCGGCCGUGUUCACGGACGUGCCAACUUGGCAAUGCAUGGGUUUCUGGUGAGGAGGGAUGAUCCAUUCGUCAGGCUCAUCCAUCCAGGCAAUACCCGUGCCUACAUCGAUCAGUCAAAACGAGAGAUGGCUGAGCGGAUUGAGAUGAUGAUGACACCUUUUCUUGGCAAGGAUGGGUUGUAA